GCCCUCCUUUCAUCGUGGUGUGAAGAGCUGGGAAGGCUUCUCCUUCUACGUCACCAGAAGAGCAGACAAAGUGACCCUCCAGGGAAACUCCCCAUGCAGCCCCCCAUGAAUUCUUUGACCUCUAUGAAACCAUCCCUGUCCCACAGUGAUGGAUCUUUCCCUUAUGAUUCUGUCCCUUGGCAACAAAACGCAAGUCAGCCCCCAGGUUCUCUUUCAGUGGUUACUACGGUUUGGGGGGUCACAAACACAUCGCAGAGUCAGGUUCUGGGAAACCCAAUGGUUAAUGCAAACAAUCCUUUGAAUCCUGCUGGCAACCCCAUGGCAUCUGGCAUGAACAGCAAUAGUGCUGGCAUGAAUUCUCCUCAGUUUGCUGGGCAACAACAGCAAUUUCCCACAAAAGGCGCAUCCAACCAGCCCUAUAUGCAACAAAGCAUGUACGGACGUCCAAAUUAUCCGGGGGGAGGAGGAUUUGCGGGAAGCUAUCCUGGUGGACCCAAUAACCCUUCUGGAAUGGGCAUCCCACCUCAUACGCGACCACCUUCAGAUUUCACCCAGCCAGCAGCGGCGGCUGCUGCAGCUGCUGUUGCUGCUGCAGCUGCUACUGCUACCGCUACAGCAACUGCCACAGUGGCAGCGCUGCAGGAAACUCAGAAUAAGGACAUGAACCAUACGGCCCAGUGUGUUCCUCUUUCCAGAUGGGUCCUGCCCAGGCCUACAACAGUCAGUUCAUGAACCAGCCUGGCCCACGAGUGCCCUCUGCUAUGUCAGGGAGUAUGAACCCAGCUGGGAUGGGUCCCAACAUGGCACCUUCCAAUAUGAGUGGCCCACCAAUGGGAAUGAAUCAGCCUCGGCCUGGCAUGAACCCUUUCAGCUCACAUGGCCAAAGGAUGCCUCAGCAAAGCUACCCUGGCCCCAGACCUCAGUCGUUGCCCAUGCAGGGCAUUAAAAGGCCGUACCCAGGAGAGCCAAAUUAUGCCAGCCAGCAGUAUGGACCAAGCAGUCAAUUUCCCAGUCAGCCUGGGCAGUACCCAAGCCCAAAUCCUGCUAGACCCAUGACGUCUCCAAAUUACCCCGGCCAGAGGAUGACAGGACAGCAGAGCACAGGGCAGUACCCACCCCCCAGUGUUGGCAUGGGGCAGUAUUACAAGCCCUCCAGACCGGGCCCUGUUGGAAAUUACCCCCACUCACCUGUUCCGGGAAACCCCACACCACCUAUAACACCUGGCAGCAGUAUCCCCUCAUACUUGUCACCCAGUCAAGAUGUCAAGCCUCCAUUUCCUCCAGACAUCAAGCCAAACAUGAGUGCUUUACCUCCACCACCAACCAGCCACACAGAUGAACUUCGUCUGACGUUUCCUGUGAGGGAUGGAGUAGUAUUGGAGCCCUUCCGAUUGGAACACAACCUAGCCGUGAGCAAUCAUGUGUUCCACUUACGACCGACCGUCCAUCAGACCCUCAUGUGGAGGUCUGACCUGGAACUGCAGUUUAAAUGCUACCACCAUGAAGAUCGGCAGAUGAACACCAACUGGCCAGCAUCUGUGCAAGUCAGUGUCAAUGCCACACCUCUUACCAUUGAGCGGGGUGACAACAAGACUUCCCACAAACCCCUUCACCUCAAACAUGUCUGUCAACCGGGCCGCAACACCAUUCAGAUUACUGUUACUGCCUGUUGCUGUUCACACUUGUUCGUGCUGCAGUUAGUUCAUCGGCCUUCAGUACGGUCAGUACUGCAGGGUUUGCUGAAGAAGAGACUUCUGCCAGCAGAACAUUGUAUCACAAAAAUAAAGAGAAAUUUCAGCAGUGUAGCGGCAUCAUCUGGUAAUGCAGCACUAAAUGGAGAGGAUGGAGUAGAGCAGACGGCAAUUAAAGUCUCAUUGAAAUGCCCGAUCACGUUCAGACGGAUCCAGCUGCCUGCUCGGGGACAUGACUGCAAACAUGUACAGUGCUUUGAUCUGGAAUCAUUAUCUGCAGUUGAACUGUGAGCGGGGAACAUGGAGAUGUCCUGUAUGCAAUAAAACAGCCCUAUUAGAAGGCCUCGAGGUAGAUCAGUACAUGUGGGGCAUCUUGAAUGCAAUACAGAACUCAGAGUUUGAAGAAGUGACCAUUGAUCCCACGUGCAGUUGGCGGCCGGUACCUAUCAAAUCAGAGAUUCACAUCAAGGAUGAUCCUGAUGGAAUGCCCUCCAAGAGGUUUAAGACUAUGAGUCCCAGUCAGAUGAUCAUGCCCAAUGUCAUGGAGAUGAUUGCAGCACUGGGGCCUGGCCCUUCACCAUAUCCAUCUCUGCCACCACCCCCUGGUGGAGGAAGUUCCAAUGAGUAUGUUGGACAAGGUAACAAUUACCAGGGUCAUGGCAACUUUGACUUCCCUCAUGGAGCUCCAGGUGGCACAUCAAUGAACGACUUUAUGCACGGGCCCCAGCUCUCGCACCCCCCUGACAUGCCUGGUGGGAUGUCUUCGCUGGACAAGCCACUCAGUCACCCCAUGCAGGACUCUAUUCCUCAUGUAGGAAAUGCUGAUCAGCCUCAUGGCGCCAUGCCUCAGGGCUUACACCCACCUCACCCAGGAAGCCAGCCUGGGCAGCCUUUACAUCAUGGUGGACCAGCACCUCAACCUCGACAUCCACCUCAAGCUGCUGGCCAUGGACAUGGAGAUAUGGCCUUUAACCCUUCAUCGGUAUUAGAAGGUCAGCCUGGUGGACAGGGACCCCCUGAUAUGCCAGAGCCAUCGCUGGAUCUGCUUCCAGAGUUAACUAACCCCGAUGAGCUUCUUUCCUACCUGGAUCCUCCUGACCUCCCCAACAACAGCAAUGAUGACCUUCUCUCACUGUUUGAGAACAACUAA